GUUUGCGCAGCCUGCCCCGGCACCGCAGCCAGCGCCUGCGGCGAAAGCACGCUUGCCUCUCCCUUUGAGCGUGGGCUUUGCCAUCCUCCGUCUGGAGGAGACGGAUGAGGUGCCCAAACUGGAGCUCCGCAUCACAGCGCAGGACGAUCAGGAUGUCAGUGACGAUGGACUGACAGCAAUGUUAGACUACAUGGACUUUGUGCUGGAUCUUCCGCAGGCUUCCUCUGGCGAGGGCUUCCAAGUUGCUUUCGAGCACCUCGCAGUUCUAGGCCCUUCACAUUCCGACAUCCUCAAGCAGGUCAUUUGCUGGAGUUGUGAGCCUGGUCGAUCCUCGAAGUUCGCUGAGCGGUGUAAGCGCUGGAAGAUCCUGUGCCCGGCCUUCAAUUUCCCACAGGUGAACCGCUACCUCCUCCAGGUGGCUUUCGCUUUCUUCCCGCCUCCCUGUCCGACCUACCUCCUCACAGAUGAGCACCCAAGCAUCGAGGAGGGCAACCCCGAGAUGAAAAUCUUCGAGCCCAACCAGGAGAUCCAGAAGUUCGCGAGACUGGAGGAGGAUUUGCAGCAAGAGGUUGCUACGCACAAAGACCAGGAGGGUCACGUGCACUUGCCGGCCGCCGCCAACGGUGCAAGAGCCUCCAAGUACAAGGACGGCCCGAUCCCUGCCAAGUUGGAUGUUGGAUUCGCGAUCGUCAGCCAGGGCUUCGAUGGCACCGAGGGCUAUCUCCGCAUUCAGGGAAUGGAAGGAGAUUUGGACAUGGAUGGUCUGCAUGAAAUGAUGGACUACAUGGAUGCUUUCACGCUUUCAACCAGCGCUGAAAGAGGUUUUUCCAUCAUGUACGACAUGCGCACGCUGCGUGCACCGUCCAUGCAGAUGGUGACCACCGUGGCCGAAUGGGGUGCACAUCCUGUCCGUCAGAAAAGAUGGGAGCAGCUGAACACCUCCUGUAAGGUGAUCAUCACAGCCGGCUUACGCUUUACCCUGGCAAAGGGCAUUCUGGCCACCUUCUUUCUACUGUGCCCGCCUGUCACCCGGACGUACUUGAUGCACGAUCCUGACCAGCCACUUGAGACUGCAGUUCUCUUCGAGCCCUGA